UCUGAUAUUGUAUGAAUUUCUCGACGCUUGCCUUAGCGAUGAUCUGCGUCACAACCCCACAAAUCUCCAUAAAAUCAAGGGGUCUCUCCCUACGCUUGUUGGUCUCAUUAUUGAAAGGGAAAGUGUCUCUAAAUGCUCUACUCGCUGGAUCCUACCCUGUUUCUCGCUUCAGUGCUCCUUUACACUCGCCAACAACUCACGAAUGAGCUCGAUUGCCUAACAGACAUAGCCUCUGGCUUCCAUUUCUCAGCUUCAUCAAUGACACACAAGGAAGUUAAAUUUCCGUCUAUUCAGCGGACAGCGAAGAAAUUCUCCCAUAAAGCUCCUACUUUGUGGCAUUUUAUUGGCUGUCUCCUUUCGGCGACAUUUACCCCUGGGGAAAUUGUUGAACUGGAUAAAUGGGAGGACAUUGACGAUUUGGAAAACGAAAAUAAUGACGAUGAUGAUUGCUGGUUAGAUUCUAGUGGCCUCCCACCUUCGUCUCAAAGGAGCCGUUCCCGUAGUGAGAAGCGGCAGGUUGCACUCCUACUCAUUGUAAGGAUUACAGUCUUAUCCUUCCGCCAUUAUACAGCAAUGGCACCAAGUUUUGCCAGAGCUGUCAAGAGCAAAUCCCUCCGAUGGAUCUGGGCAACGACUGCUCUCAAUUGGAAACCACAAAGAGUCUUCCCAAAGACGUCAGCGACAUUUCUCCUUAUUGUAUCUUCCGUUGGCUCAACAUAUGGGUGCGAUGGAGUCGGUGGCCAUGCCGUUCUCGAGUUUACAUCGAAGUAGGUGUAAAUAGUGAUAUACAUUGAACCAACGUCGGUAUAGUCACAUGUAGCGCUUACAUCAUCCCGGAUGCAAUGUUUUCCACCAGUCGUUCCCCUGGAACGACUGGGUCCGAGUCUGAUGUGCUCCGCCGAGACACCUCUCACUCGGCUUCCCUUCGCUCCCAAUAUAACGUCCCCAUGCA